CUUCGGUCACACUAUCACAAUCUACACAAAGUGAAAAACAACACAGCGUCACGGCAACGCAAAUAAAAGUGAAAUAAAUAUUAAUAAAAUGGCUUCUGAUGGCGAAGAUAUGAUUUUAACGUCGACCGAAAGUGAAGUUUCAGCAGCGGAAACCGAUACGGAGAGCAAGGAUUUCGAUGCCCACCUCUCUGCGUCCGAUACAGAGGAAGAAGAAACUGUAGAGGUGGAAGCUGUCCCUGCAUCGACUGAAGAUGCAGAUAUGGAGGAAUUGUUAAAACAACUGGAAGACUACACGCCCACUAUGCCCGAUGCGUUGACGUUGCAUAUACUAAAAAGCUCUGGGUUCAACACUGUUGAUCCACGUAUUGUGCGAUUGAUUUCGGUGUCGGCACAGAAGUUCAUUGCGGACAUUACCAACGAUGCGUUGCAGCAUUGCAAAACACGCACAACAAACAUUCAACAUUCCAGCGGUCACAGUUCAAGCAAGGACAAGAAGAAUCCCAAGGACCGAAAGUACACGUUGGCAAUGGAGGAUUUGGUACCUGCUUUGGCUGAUCAUGGCAUCACCAUGCGUAAACCGCAAUAUUUUGUCUAGUUUCUAAUGUAGCGUAAGAAUGAAAAUAAACAAACUAUCAA